CAAAUGUAACAAGUGUGGAUAAUGUUAAAACUGAGGUUGUCGGGAACAGCAAGCAACCGGAUACACAUCGGAUCUCGCAACUUCUUCUGUGGUACUUGUGGGAAUAGCUACACCACUGCCAACGGCCUCAAUAUUCACAAGAAGCUGUAUUGCGGCAAAGAACCUAAGUUCUCGUGUAAAGUGUGCGGACACAAGUUCUAUCAGAAAGUGAAUGUGAAGAGCCACAUGCUUGCCCUGCAUCCUAACAUUCCGUUUAGCAUGAGCGAGUUGUAGAUGUAUUGUGAUAUUGGAUCAGUAUUAUUUGUUGGCUGUUGAUAGGUUAUUUUUUAAUUUUGUUUUUUAUAGGAAUUUGUAUUUAUUUUGUCAUUGUGUAUGCCUGUCAAUUUAAU